GCAAAAAGAGUAUUUUCUUGCUGGUAGAGUAGUGGUAGUAGUAGUAGUAGUAGGCAUUUUUGUUUGAUUAAUUGAUUAAACCUAAUUUGAGAUUUUAAAUUAGGUUGGUUUGUUAUUUGGUGAGUGUUGAGUCUGACACAAAUUGACGAUUGACGACUGCCGACGGCAGUGCACGCCUGAGUUUUGUGUGUUAGAGUCCCAACUCCCAACUCCAACCCAAAGUUCUGCAAACGAAAAAUCAGGCACAAACGCAAAACCCAGCAGCUAAUUAAAUGCAUGGUGGUAGGGUUAGGAGUGAUUAUAAAGUGAAAAUAAUGAGCAAGCUUAAAGACGCAGUUCUGUCAGAGCUGGCUGCUUCAAACCCUUCAAUGUCCAUAAGCCCCGACCUCAUCCAACUCCGCUCGCAGCAAUUCUUUCCAAGUACCCACAAUCUCAUUCACCCUCCUUACUCUUCGAUGAUACAACAAGCCAUUUUGAAAUUAAACGAGGAAGAUGGGUCUAGUGAGGAGGCAAUAUCAAGGUUUUUAGAGAAGGAGUACAAGGGUUUGCCAUGGGCGCAUGCUAGUUUUUUGAGUCAUCAUUUGAAAAAGCUUUGUAGGAAUGGAGAUAUUGUAUGUGUCAAUAAUGAACAGUAUAUGCUCCAAGUGGAUUAUGGUGAUUUGAGGGAUGAGGAGGGAAUGAGUCAUAGGUUGAACAUUGCAAAUAGAAAUGGGAAGGAAGAUCAAACCUUAGUCCAAGACAAUGGGAGAGAAGUUGAGGUUAUUGAUGGCUGGAGCAGGGUAAAUGGUGAUCAAGUUGAGGAAUUUGAGGACCAAUAUGAAGUUGAAAGACAGAGUGCUGAAGUGAAUGGGCAAAAUAAAACAUGUGAGCAAAGAAUAGAGGGAUUUGAAGAACAAAAGGAAGACAGCCAAGAAUUAAUUAAACAGGUUCUAGAAGUAAGUCAAAGCUUUAGUGGACAAAUUGAAAUGGUUGAAGAAGUCGAUGAAGCAAAAGGAAAGCUAGCUGAAGUGGCUCAAAAACAAAGGCGAGAAAAGAGAAAGCAACCAGAGAAGAGUAAACAACAGAUAAAGGUAUUAAAGGAUGAUAUUCCCCAGCCUUUGAUGGAAGAAAAGAAGAAACAUGUUGAGGAGCAACAACAGCAAAGGAAGAUUCAUCACGGAGAAAGAGAUUCAAUUGUUGUUUGUGCUUUGCCUGCACAACAGAAGUCACAAUCGAGGACAAAUAUUUACCAGAGGGCACAUAAGUUGCACACAGACUCUAUAUCAGCAUCUCUUGAAUUCAGGGAGUCAGAACAGAUCCUUUUACAGCAAAGUAAGCUUUGUAGUCCUCAAAGGCCUGCAGAACUUCAAGUAACUACAUCUGAGAGGUUUACUCAAAGUGAGCAGAAGCCAGCUGAGUUUUAUACUAGGAGAGAGAUACAAAAUUUUAAGCCAAAAGUAAAACCUUCCUUUGGUAUGUCCAAAAAAGAGCUUGAGAAGCAAGAACUGCAGUUUCAAAAACCAGAAAAGCUUCGAGAAUUUGAAAUAAAGACGAAGGAAGUAAAUUUUGGUGGUGUGAAGGCAGCUGCAUCCCUAUCAAUCGAAGUGAAAGAUUCUUUGAAUGUGCCAUUGGAUCUUCGGCAGCAUGGCAGGGAACACCAAAAGAAGAAGCAGAUAAAGGUUUAUGUUAGGAGAAAUGUGAGCAAAGCCCAGGUAAAAGAAUCAGAAACUUCCAAUAUUUUGCCAACAAAUCCAGAAUAGCUUGAAAAGAAGUAGCAAUUGGAGAUUCAGUCACUUACUGAACACAAGCUAGCAGGGGUUCCUUCUAGAGAACUCAAAUUAUCUGUAAAGGAAAAGGCACUUUCCUGCUUUCUAUACCUAGUAAUUAUGCAGUUGACAUCCAUAUUAGCCUCUUAGUGGGAUGGAAUUGAUGCUGUGAUGCUGGCUAAAUCUUUUGUAGCCACAAGGUGAGCCUUUAUUUUUUUUUCUGUUUCAUAGCUUUAUGCUUGCUUGUGGUUUACCUAAGAGUAUCUACAGUUUUUGAAAUCAUUGAUACGAAUAGUUAUAUACUUUCGUAGGUAAAACUGCCUUGAUGUUAGUUGAGCAAAUAUUUUCCAUUUGGUAUUUUCACAUUUAAGUGUCUUUGGUAUCUCUAACAGUAUAAAAGAUUUUUCAUUAUCUUGCUGCACAGUUUUAGGACAUCCAAAAUUUUUAUUUUGCUUUUCCUUGUUUAUGUCUGAAGCAUGCUCGUGUUCAGCUAGCUUAACUGCUUACUUUUCUGGGCUUAUUGAUGGAGUCUGUGAAUGAAUCAAUAAUUCUUUACCGUUAUCCAUUUUAAUUAUUGGUAACACAUCUGUUUCUAUUUCUUCAACAUAAAAAUGAGGAUAAAUCUUCACUCCUUCCACUUUGAUUAAUUGUCUAAAUCAUUAGUUAUACAAGACAGGCACAUAUCUAUGGAUAUAUGACAUUCUCUUCAGGAAUAUGAAGCAUUCAAGCUGUAGUCUUUGUUCCAAAUUGGAUGCAAUUGUAAUGUUCAAAUUGUGGUAUUUGGUGAGAAAUUGCAGCAGAUAUUUUUAUCAAUAUAUUAGAUAGACAAGAUUUCGUCAUCUUGUUGUUUACCUAAAAAUGUUUCAGACAUUAUUGGGCUGCAGAAUUUGUUCAUUUAUCUAGAGUUUCUUUCUUUAUGUUCAUAGUUUUUACAACCAUACAACACGCUUAGGCAGGUCUCAGCUUGAAGCUCGGUUGGAAGUGGCAUGAAAAUAUGGGUCCCAAAUGACACUCCCAACCUGACCGAAUCCCUUAUCAUUCGGUAUUUUGUCGGACGUUUGGAAUCUGAAUAAUUUUCUUCUUUUCUAUUCAAGUGUGUAUGCCAAAUAAUAAUUGAGUUUUAUAUAUUUCCCAUCUUUUUAUAUAAUUUACGCUAGACACAUGCACACCCACGUUGUGGGUCGAAGAAAAAAGUGAUGUGAAGACAAGUGUUUUGAGAGGGAAAAAAAAACAUAUGGGUAAAUUUUUAAGGGUAAUUUUUUAAGGAGAGGUGGCUAUUUGUUUAAGGAGAUCAA